AUGAACAACCCAGACAGCAAGUAUGAAACUGCCCUGAAAAUUCACGCCCGUCAGAAGUUGCGGGCCGAAGUUCGACAACAGCUUCGUAACUUUAGUCAAAACGAAAGCACUACACCGGCGAAAGCUGCAGCGGAUGGGGUGCUAGAACCGGACGAAUGUGAGAAAUUCUAUCAUUAUCGACAGCAUUGUCUCAAAAAUGACAAAAUUCUUAAAUCUCAACGCAAAGACUCUUCGAAGCUAGUGAAGGUGAAACGUCCGGUAGACGAGAUUGAUCCUAAUCCCGAGCCACUACAGCAGGAAGAAACCGCUCAAGUAGUCAGGCAAGAAGAUCCCGGGGGUUCAUCUAUACUGAGAAUUAUCCUUCUUCAAUGUCGAGAACCCGGUAGAACAAGUUCGACUGGUUCGGGUGAAUUGGAACCGGAUCCAACAAAAUUUGAAGAUACAACCAAAAACCAGCUUCCGAUCGAAACGCUCGAAGCAGAACUCGAAGUUGUGCCACCACAAUCGUCACUGCUUCAGCAGAUGUUGCUCCAUCAAGGGCCAAACAAUCAUCCCAACUCAUCGCCAUCUCUUCUCAAGAGGAUGCUCCUGGAGGGCGGUGCUAGUGAUCGACAAUCGCCAUUGGAAGGUUCCAGCACCAUGAACCGUCGUAGAUCGGAAGAUCAGAUUCCGAUUCCUUCGCUAGAUGAACAUCCUGAUGGUGAAUUGAUUUUCACAAGUACCUGUAACCGGCGCUGUUUGCCGAUAGCGGAGGCCAAAUCACGGGAGUUACUUCCUGCCGGAUGUGUCUUCAAUUUUAUCGCGGAGGCGAGAUGCACAGAUGCUCGAAAGCCGAUGUUUCUAGCUCCGGAAUAUGUUUCCUCCUACGUUUGUAUGGAGUGUACGGCCAAAACCGAGGCGAGGUCUAAUUCGAUUCAACUUCGGAACCACUUGAACGACAACAGAUUAUAAUAUUGAUUCCAGUGCUGGUCAAGCUGUUCCGUGAAUCACAACAGGACACUCUGAAAUUCGAUGUCAACUUAGUUCCGAUGUUGUGCCCUCCUCAGCCGUGGAGCACACCAGAGAAUGGUGGGUACAUACUGGCCAAAUCAAAAUUAAUUCGUUUGUCACAGCAAGCACACCAGCAAACUGAAAGGAUAGCCAAUGUUAAAAAACAAGACAUGUACCCAAAUUUAGAUUCAUUGAACUAAUUAGGCAGUAUUCCGUGGAGAAUAAAUGAAGGAAUGUUCCUGAGCCACUAAGUUCUCUACCACGGAUAGAAGAGUUGAAACCACGGAACGAAAUGUCUAAUUAUGACAAAUUCGAUAUGUUGAGCAAGAAAAUCUCCCACAAACGAAAGCAGGGUGAUAUGUACAGUUUGUGGUGCGAUGCUAUUUAUAGACUUUCGCCAGCCAAUCAUUUCCGCAAACGGGUAUUCUGGCUUCCACAAAAUAUAGAUUUUCGAGGACGCGUUUACCCUAUUCCACCACAUCUAAAUCAUCUAGGACAUGAUCUGGCCCGAUGUCUAAUGGUUUUUUAUGAAAAGAAACCGUUAGGCCCAGACGGAUUUGACUGGCUGAAGUUACAUUGCAUCAAUUUGACGGGCCUGAAGAGAUUCUGUCGCUGAUCGCCUUAAAUACGCAAAUGAAAUUAUGGAUGAUAUUUUGGACUCAGCAGAUCUACCACUGUCGGGAAAAAUGUGGUGGAGCAAAUCUGAUGAACCAUGGCAAACACUUGCCUGUUGCAUGGAAAUUGCCAAAGUUCACCGAUGUCCUGAUCUUUCUAAAUUCCUGAGUGGUUUUCCCAUUCAUCAAGAUGGUCAUGUAAUGGACUUCAGCAUUAUGCAGCUCUUGGUCGUGACAAACUUGGCGCUAUUAGCGUGAAUCUCGCUCCCGCUAAAAAGCCACAAGACGUUUAUAGCGCUGUUGCUGCACUGGUUGAAGAAAGUAGAGCCAAAGAUGCCGAAAACAAUAUAAAAGUAGCGAAAAUUUUGGAAGGAUUUAUUCAACGCAAAGUUAUCAAACAAACU